AUGUCGGGCUUCGAUCAGUCGCACAAUGGUGCCUUCUUCAAUUUCAACAAUCUCACUCCACAGCAGCUCAACAUGCUCCGGCAACAGAGUCAGAUGCAGCAAGCCGUGCAGAUGCCCCAGCAGCAGCAGCAGCAGCAACCGCAGCCGCAGCCCCAGCCCCAGCCGCCACCUGGACAGCAGACUCAGAUGCAGCAGCGUAACCCCAUGAUGCCUCAGCUCGGUCUGCCCGCUGGGUUCAACCAGCAGCAGCUUCAAGCUCUCAUGGCUCAGCAGCAAUCCCAGCUCGCUAACGGCAUGAUGGCCAAUAAUCAGAACCCGCUCAUGCAGAUGAUGCGCCCGCAGUCCAUGCUUCAGCAGCAGACGCCUCAGCAGCAGAUGCAGCCGCAACAGCCGCAGCCCCAGAUGCAGCAACAACAGCAGCAGCUCCAGAUGCAGAAUCAGCUGCCUAAUCAGCCAUCUACCGUCUCGCAGCCUGCCCAUCUCCAGCAGCAGCCUCAACCGACCAACAAUUUGGGUGCCGCUGCGCAGAUGGGCGGUCUCGGAGGGCCUACGCCGUCGUUUGCACAGCUCUCGCAUGCCAUCGAGCAGGCAAAGAAGGGCAAUCUUACUCAAGAACAGAUGAUCCAGUUGCGGCAACUCAUCACACGGCAACAAGCGAUGCAAGCACAGCAACAGGCAGCCCAGAAUCAGAACACGGGCGCAAGGCCUCUGCAGCCCGGUCAGCCCAACAUCAACGUCAACAACAUGUCGAACGGUCAAAAUUUUGCCAGUGCCAUGCAAAGGACGCCUCAGAUGCAGGCGCAAGCACAGAUGAUGGCCGGUCUGCAGCAGGUGCGGCCGGGUCAGUCCACGCCCACUAUGGGCUCGCAAGGCUUCUUGCAACCUGCUGCACCGUCGCAGCAACAGCAGCAGUCGCAGUUGCCUAAUCAGAUGCAGUCUUCUCCCCAGGUGUUGCAAGCUCAAGCGCAGAUGGCGCGCUCACAGACCCCGCAGCAAGCGCUGGGCCUACCGCAAAAUGCUCAACAGGCACAGCAGAUGAUGGGCCAGCAGCCUGCCCAGCCCGGACAGCAGAGGCCACCCGUCGGUCGACCGGAUCCGUCGCCCGGCGCCAGCAACCAGCAGAAUCCGCUCAACUUCCUGCGUCUUUUGCACCAGCGCGUCACAGACAUCGAGAGCAAGCUCAACUCGGAUCUCAGCGCAGAGGAACGCCAGUUGGUGCAGCAGCAGCAUGCAGAGGCAAAGCGCUUGCAAUCUGCACUGCUGCAGCGUCUCAAUGUCCAGAACGCCCAGCAAUUUGCCGCUCUGAUGCAACAGGGGCAGCAGACGCCGGGUCAGGCGCCCAGCAAUCAGCAGCAACAGCCGCAGCAGCCGCCACAGCCAUCGUCGCAACCUCCGCAGCAGCAGCAGCAGCAGCAGCAGCAGCAAGGAGGUCUCGGUAUGAUGGGCAACAACAUUCAGGGCUCGCCGGUUGUCCGUCCUCCAGCCAGGCCCGGCUCGGCUCGACCGCCACAAGGUCAGUUCGGUAGUCCCAUGCUCAAUCAGCCCGGACAGCAGGCGCAGAACCCACAGCAAAUGCCUCCGCAGCAGCAAACGCCCCAGGUGCGUCCUUCUCCCCAGAUGGGCGCCAUGAACAUGGGAGGUCAGCCAGGCAUGUCUGGCCUGCAAGGCGUUCCAUCGCUCCGUCCCGAGCAGUUCAUGAAGGCCCUCGUCGAUCUAAUGAAGAAGCGAGGUACUCCCAUCACGUCUUUGCCGAAGGUUGGCGGGCGGGAAUUGGAUUUGUACCGCUUCUACCAGAUCGUGCAAGCGCAUGGCGGCAGCGAGGGUGCGCACCAGAAAGGAGCUUGGCCCGCCAUCGCCAUGUCGCUGGAACUCGCGCCAUUGGGCUCGCCUCAGACGCAAGCGCUCGGUCAGGCCCUCGCGACCGAGUAUCGCAACUAUCUUGCGCCAUUCGAAGAGACGUGGCAGCGAGCAAUGCAGCAUCAGUACCAGAUGUCGAUGGCAGGUGCUGGUCUUGGUCAGGCUCCAGGCGCUGCACAGACGAAUCCACAGGCGCCAUCCUUCCGACCACCCUCGACGCCACAGAUGCAGUCGCAGCAGCCCAACCAACAGCUUACUCAGCUGCAGGGUCAGCAGACUCCGAUGAUGACUCCGAACCCAUUGCAGCAACAGCAACAGCAGCAGCAGCAGCAGCAGCAGGCGGGUCAAUUGCAAGCGCAGAAUGCAGCCGUUGUACCUCAGCAACCAUCUCUUGCCGGCUUCAAUCCACCUCCACCGCCGAUCCUCAGCGCUGAAAAUCUGGCCAAGGCGGGAAUGUCCCAAGAGCAGUUCAACAAGGCCUACCUUGCCCAACAGCUCAAUGCAUGGCGUCAGGAGCAGCUACAGAACCAGCAACGACAGAUGAAUGCAGGUUUCCAAGGCAACCAGGUGGCUUCGGGGCAAAAUGGCAUGCAACAACCCCCGCAGUCACAGCAACCUCAGCAGCUCCAGCAAGCGCAACAGGGCCCAAGCCAACCGACACCACAGCCAGGUUGGCCAAGCCAACAGCGUUCCAUGAUGCCGCAGACCUCUGGAGCUCAGCCAAGCCAGACGCAGCCUGUCAGCUUUGGCGGCAGCAUGCCCGGUCAGCCGAACAACGCGCAGCAAAUGCAGAACCAGCCUUCGAUGGGUCCCAAUCUGCAGGGCCAGCAGCAAGGUGCACCGCAGCAACCGCAGCAGCAGCAGCCGUCGCAGAUGCCGAACCAGUCAGCUCAACCGCCACAGAUGAACGCACAGGCCAGCUCGGGUUCGAAUGCGGCUGGCGCUCCGCAGGGUCAGCAAGGUCAAGUGGCCGGACGCCCUUCCAAUAUGUCGCAGGCUCGCUUCAUUGCGGUGAGUCCAGAGCAGCUGGAACAAGCUCGCGCAGCGAUGCAGAAGAUCGAUCAGGAGCUGGCGACGCAGAGGCCUCGAUUGCCCAUCAUCCAGAACAUCGCCGACGACGAGAGAGACCAGAUUCUCGACCAAGUGCAGAAGCUUGCGCCGAUUCAGGCGACUGUGACCGCGCUGCUACCCGCCUUCUACGCCAUGAACGGCAACUUGGAGCCUGCAAAGCGUCUCAAGAUCAUGGCCUUCAUGUACAAGGACCAGUUCGACCUGCUGCCCAAGAAGCAGUGCAUCUUGCGUUUGGCCGACCUGGACAAGCUCAAGAUGCAGAUGAGCCGAUGCAUCAGCUUUGUCCGUUCCAGCAAUCCAGAUCUGGCUCAGCGCAUUGUCACUUCGCUCGGCGAGCAGACUCGUGCUGCGCAGCAGAACGGCGUCGUUCCGUCGGCGCCAGCGCUGAACACAUCAGCACCGCAAAACAUCAACCAAAAUGCUGGCACAAACGCGACGCAGUCGACGGCAACCAACGAGACGACGAACGCUCAGGCGCAGCGUACCGAGGCAGCGGCUGGCGUCAAUGCCGAUGGCACCUUCGAUGCUGCCGCCGCGAUGCAUGGUAUCAAGCGCGGACUUCGACCAGAGAACCUCAAGCUACCGCCGAGCAAGCGCGCAAAGAACGUCGUUGGAGCUGGCAAAGCCAUGAGCCCUUCGUCCGGUGCCAACGAGUCGCCCAAGAUAGCUCCUUCGCCCGUCCAGGCCGAAGAUGCCACCACACCGGCAGGCUCGACACCGGCAGGCAAAGGCGGCAAGAAGGCCGAGAAAACGGUCAAGGGCGGUAAGGCAACGGCCAAGAAGGGCAAAGGAGGUGCUGCAGGCACACCGACGUCGUCCGCCACCGAACCUGACAAGAAGUUCAAGACGAGCGCCGAGAUCAUGGCCGAGGUCAAACGCGAAAUGGCCGAAGCCGAACGCAAGCGUCGCGAGGGAGGUGCUGGCGGCAUGGCUGGUGGCGAUGCGGGUGGCGCUGCCAGCAAGGCGGAGACAGCCAACGUCAAGGCCGAGCUUGAGGCUGACGAGAAGCGCAAGAAGGAGCAGGAGCUGGCUGGCCGCGAUCCCGCGGGCCUUGUCGAGUCGACGUGGCAGGAGCUUCUCGCUACCGGCAACAACGGAUUGCAGGGCGCCAGUGCCUCGUUCGGCGCUCCGAGCACGGGCGCAUCUGGGGCAAAUAUGUCAGAUUCCAAGGCGCUCCAAUCGCUCAUGUCGAUGCUGGGACAAGACUCGAUGAUGUCAGGCCUGCCCGCCAACGGUGUCAACGUGCCUUCGAAAGGAUUCUUGCCGGGCGAUGGCAGCGGUGCCGCCGGCGGAUCGAGCUUCUUGGACGGCGCGCUGGGUUCGCUGCCCUCUGCGGAUGCGGACACGGGCAUCGACGACGACCUUUUCGACUUUAUCGAGGCGUCGGCAGCCGGUCCCGACGUGUUUGGCGACACGGACAUCGACCUGAGCGGCGUGUUCGGGUCGAGCGCGCUGAACGCUUCGACGCAGGAGAGCGAGCCGCCGGUCGAGACGCCGGAGCUGGUGGCGAGCGCGCGACUACCUGGAGGCAGCUCGAACGCGUCGACAGUGUCAAACUCGACAUCGAACUCGAUGCGCGGCAAGAUGCCAGCGGCGCUGGGAGCGAGCGGGCUGGAUUUUGGCUCUGCCGGACCGUCGAGCACGAGUCCGGCGGAAAUGAGUAGCUGCGAUGAGAUCGAUCUCGAAAAGAGCCCGUUCGUUCACAGAAUGAGACUAGAUCGCAUGGGUCUGACCAUGGCGCCGGCGGCUUCGGGUGCAGAGGCGAGCAAGACGACGAGCGCCUCGGCCGACUUGCAGGGGACGCUCAAAGCACCGGAGGAAACAGCGAUCGGCCAGGUUGAGCUCGGACCUGGUUCGCAGGGCAACAUCGCAGGCUCAGGUGGCGACGAUUGGUGGGAGCUGGACCACUUUGGCAGCAUGACCAACGGCGGGUUUGGAUCGGACGCCAAUGCGGACCAGCCCUGGGCGGUGCUGAGCUGA